GACCGAUGCAAACAAAAGGAAGACUUCAAAGGUGGAUAAAUUCAUCACUAUCAAGAGAGAAGACUCAUCUGAGUCAGUCGAAACUCGAAAGCUUCACAACAAUGGCUGCAGCAAUUUUCUCUCUCUUAAUCUUCUGCACAUCUCUGCUCAUAUCGCCAUCCUCUUCAUCACCGAUUUCCGGCCUUCAGAUCCUCCAAGCCGAGCGUCAGAUCGAUUUGACUUCGCACAUUGUUCGAGUUUACAUGACAUUGAAGGUCGAAAAUAUCGGUGACGAUCCAGCUUCAAAGGUUCUCCUAGCCUUCCCGCCUUCACAGUUUGACCAUCUUUCGUUUGUCAAAGCAGCUACAACUGUUGGGAAGAAGAGGAAGAAAUCCUACGUUCCUCUCGAAGUCAACCCUGCUGAGCAAAGUCAACCCGACUCACCAAAUGGAACAAAGUACUAUGCCAUCUCACUGAUCAACUCACUACCAAAGGGUGAAACCACCACUUUAGAAAUUUUUUACGUCCUAACUCACUCUCUUGAUCCAUUCCCGGUCGAAAUAAGCCAAUCGGAGUCCCAGUUGGUUUAUUACCGUGAUAGUGCCGUUAUACUAUCACCUUAUAAUAUAAAACAGCAGGCAUCUGUGGUUAAAACCCCCACUAGUAAAGUUGAGUCCUUCACUCAAGUGGGGCCCACUCACCAGAGUGGUAGUGAGCUUAGAUACGGGCCAUAUGAGGAUCGCGAGCCUUAUUCGUACUCACCCGUUAUUGUUCACUUUGAGAAUAAUCAUCCAUUUGCGGUGGUUGAGGAGCUCGAGCGCGAGAUUGAAAUCUCUCACUGGGGAAGUGUACAGGUGACAGAGCACUACAAGUUGGCUAACGCUGGAGCUAAGCAUAAAGGAUUCUCAAGGCUUGAUUAUCAAUCAAAUCCCACUUCUAGUGGUGCCUCUUCUUUCAAACACCUUCUUGCGGAACUACCCGCAGGAGUUCAUUCUGUAUACUACAGGGACAAUAUUGGGAAUAUUUCAUCAUCAAGACUACGAGUAAAUUCCAAGAAGUCGGAGCUGUUUAUAGAACCUCGUUAUCCUUUAUUUGGAGGCUGGAAAUCGACUUUUGUGAUUGGAUAUGGAGUGCCUCUGCAAGACUUCCUUUUCGAGUCAGAUGAUGGUGCUCGUUACCUGAAUUACACUUUUGGCUGCCCUCUUGCUGACACUAUAGUCGACAAGUUGACAAUCAAAGUUGUCCUUCCAGAGGGAUCAAAAGAUCCUUCCAUCAAAAUUCCUUUCGAGGUUGAGCAGAGUUUGGAGACAAAGCACUCGUACCUCGAUGUGAUUGGACGGCCUGUAGUGGUUCUAAAAAAGAACAAUGUGGUUCCUGAGCACAAUGUUCCAUUCCAGGUUCAUUACAAGUUCAACCCAAUAUUUAUGCUUGCAGAACCCCUGAUGUUGACUUCUGCAUUUUUUCUUUUCUUCAUCACCUGUGUUGCAUACCUUCACAUAGAUCUUUCGUUACGGAAAUGAAACGUCUUAACAAUUUAAUGAGACUUUGAAAGUCGGCUUGUUAUACUUGGAAGUUGAUGGCAAUAUGGACGACAAUUUCGUUUGCAGAUUAGCUAAAACCGGAAAGAAACUAUACAUUUACAUCGUUUUUAGAGAUUACAUACUUUUCGACACGAUCAUUUAUCAUUCGGGGACGAGACUAUUCCGAACUGUUGUAGGUUUUUUUCAACUUGUGGAAACAUUUUGGCUACUGAUUUAAAUGUAAGACACUACAUAUUGUAGCUUUUGUGUUCAGCAACUUUUGCUGGACUAAACACUGCAAGCCCUUGACAAGUUUAAACUAUUUACAUUUUGGUAAGGUGGUUUAGUCUUCCUUGCAGUAUUAUACUUGACACUCCAGAGAAAAAACAUUUAUUAGCAAAAAAAAAAUUAUUUGUGUACUUCCUCAGCUCGUAUUUGUCGAAAAUUAUCUAUAAUCUUCGAACUGGUCUAGAAUGAUUUUUUGGGAAAUGAUUUUUUAUUUUAUUAUUUUCUUUUUUUUGUGUGGAAAAGUGGCAAAAAAAUAAAUCGUGUAAUGGGCAAAAGAACUUGAGCAGAAAAGCUACUUUUUUCAUACACUCAUUAUACUAUCUCACGAAAACAAUUGUGGAGCAUAAUUUAUUACUAUGUUCUAAGACCAAUUAAAAAUGUACAAGUACUUUAGUUUACGAAAGCAAUAGAAAUCUAAUAGUAAAAAAAAAUGGUGUUAACUAAUGAUGUGUAUGUACGUACAUUAAUACAUGUCAAACAAAAUAUUACUCCCUCAAAAAACGAAAUGCUCACAAACCUUAUUCUCUUAUUAUUAUUAUUAUUAUUAUUAUUAUUAUUAUUAUUAUUAUUAAGGAAGCAUCUAAACUGUGGCAAAUUAAAGAAUUGCAGUAUAGAACAAGGGCUUGUUUGUAAUUCAAAUAAAAAUUGACA